AUGGAGAUACCUUCUGACAAACUAUACUCCAAGCAGUCUUCUGCCAAAUAUGCCAUUUGGAAAAGGAAUAAGAUAAAAUCCAAACACGAUGAAUUAAAUGAUUGGAGGAAAGAGAGAGAUAGCGACAAAGCAAAGGUUAUAGACACGCUUGAGGGAGAAAUUGAGGAUCUCCAGAAGAAGCUGGAAGAUGGAAGACGAAGGGAGGCAGACCUGGAGAAGAGCCUGAAGGAAAGCCAAAAAAGUGAGCGGGACAAAGCUGAAUUAAGAGAAGCUUUAUACCAAAAGAGCUUGCAACAUGCAGUGACCAGACAAAUGUUAGCUGACACCCAUAUUCAAUACGGAGCGGCACUAGCUGAGGUUGAAAGAAGGAGGGAUUCAGUGGUGGCACACAUGCAAAGAACGAUGGAUGCAUGCAGUACGAUGGCGAUUCAAACACAGAAUGCAUUCACAGAAAUGAAAAAACAGGCAAAACGACUGGAGCAUGUGGUGUUAAACCUCAAAAAGGAGCUCGUUCAGUUUGAGGAGGAGAAGCAGAGGGUCGUUGAGAACUUCAAAGACGAACUGUCCCAAAAGGACAAAGUUAUUAAGAACGAAAAACAGGGGAGGAAGACUGAUAAAGAGGAUGCUGUCUUCGAUAAAAUGGAGCAGGAUAAAAUAAUAACCGAGCAGGGUGAGCGGAUCACAGACUUGGAGAACGACAAAGUGUCAUUGAACCUUCUACUGAUUUCUAUCUCCAAGAAAUGUUCGGUUCUCUCCAACAAAGUUGAGGAGAUAGAGGUUGUAAAAGAGGGAAUGAGAGCAGUGGGGUCUGAAAUGGCUGCUGUACAGGAAACCAACUUUCUUCUUAAGUCGGGAGUGAAUGCAAUGAGGAGAAAGAUCAAGCGACUGGAGAUGGAAAGACAGACAGAAAAAGAAAAAUUUAAGGAAAUGCAAGAACAUCUGACUGAGACCAAGCAACAAAACGUCACACUGACAGAAAAUAAGAGACUUUUAAUAAGUAAAUUGAAGAUGAGCGAGAAGGAGUUGAACAAGAAGCAGGAGGAGACCAGAAUCCUAGGGACACGUAUGAUGCGUCUCAACGCGGAUAUAGAGUCUUGUGCCUGUGUUAUCCAUGACACCAAGAAAUUAAAAACCGGGGUACUGAAAAUGAAAGAACAAUGCCCAAGUUAUGAUGAAGUGAGGGUGGGUGAGGAAACCAAAGAAGACUACCAGCAUCGCAUCUACUUUCUUAAUAAAAAGUUGCAUCUCAGUGAAACGCGCCAUGAGAGUUCCAUAAAGGAGGUGAAACAUUUACAACAUCAGCUGACGGAAGCACAGGAGCACGUGCACAUGGUGAGGGUUCAAUUCAUCGGAUUACUCAAGGAGAAAAAGUUGGAGGUAGAAAAUUUGAACAAAGAACUAAAGAACAAAGCAAAACGUCCUCCAGUGACCAGAGAUCCCCCAACCUGCCCAGUCGGGCCCAAAUGA